CUCCGCCAUAAAGGGGCGGCGGGCGCGGCCCCGAGAGCCGAGCGUGGGAGCCCCGCGCCCGCCCGCAGCCGCCGCCGAGCCCAGGAACCCCCUCGUCAGGACUGCAGCCAUGGCCACCUCAGCGAGCUCCCACCUGAGCAAAGCCAUCAAGCACAUGUACAUGAAGCUGCCGCAGGGGGAGAAGGUCCAGGCCAUGUACAUCUGGAUUGAUGGCACGGGAGAGCACCUCCGCUGCAAAACACGCACGCUGGACCACGAGCCCAAGAGCCUGGAAGAUCUCCCUGAGUGGAAUUUCGAUGGCUCCAGCACCUACCAGUCYGAAGGCUCCAACAGCGACAUGUACCUGCGACCUGCUGCCAUGUUCCGGGACCCUUUCCGCAAGGACCCCAACAAACUCGUWCUCUGCGAGGUCUUCAAAUACAACCGCCAGUCUGCAGACUCAAAUCUCCGGUACACCUGCAGGAGGAUUAUGGACAUGGUGUCCAACCAGCACCCCUGGUUUGGGAUGGAGCAGGAGUACACUCUCCUGGGGACAGACGGACAUCCAUUCGGCUGGCCUUCCAAUGGCUUCCCUGGACCUCAAGGUCCGUAUUACUGCGGUGUGGGGGCAGACAAAGCCUAUGGCAGGGACAUUGUGGAGGCCCACUACCGAGCGUGCCUUUAUGCCGGCGUGAAAAUCGGAGGAACCAACGCAGAAGUGAUGCCAGCCCAGUGGGAGUUCCAGGUGGGACCAUGCGAAGGGAUUGAGAUGGGGGAUCACCUCUGGAUCGCGCGCUUCAUCCUGCACCGGGUGUGYGAGGACUUCGGGGUCGUGGUGUCCUUCGAUCCCAAGCCCAUCCCUGGGAACUGGAACGGUGCUGGCUGCCACACCAACUUCAGCACCAAGAGCAUGAGGGAAGAAGGAGGUCUCAAGCACAUCGAGGAGGCCAUCGAGAAGCUGAGCAAGCGCCACCAGUACCACAUCCGUGCCUAUGACCCCAAGGGGGGGCUGGACAAUGCCAGGCGCCUGACGGGCUUCCACGAGACGUCCAACAUCAACGAGUUCUCGGCCGGCGUGGCCAACCGCGGCGCCAGCAUCCGCAUCCCGCGCAGCGUGGGCCACGAGAAGAAGGGCUACUUCGAGGACCGCCGGCCCUCGGCCAACUGCGACCCCUACGCUGUGACAGAGGCCCUGGUCCGCACGUGUCUCCUCAACGAAACCGGGGAUGAGCCUUUUGAGUACAAGAACUAAGCAGACUGCGCCCCGCAGACACCGCCUCCCCCCGCGCUCCCCGCGCCCCUAAACUUCCCUUCUAGCUGUAAUCCCAAGGGUACAAGAUAACAUGUUUUGUGUCUCAGUAACUCUUGUUGUCUUGAGGUGGGGAGGAGGGCAGGUUUAGUUUUAUCCAUGUCUGUUUGUCAUUGACUCUUCAGAAGACGAGAGGAGGACGGGGUGUUAGAGAACUUUUAACCACUGUUUUAUUUUUUUUGUCUAAUUCAUGUGUACAUCCGAUGGGAUCCAGUGGCUUCCAGGGACAGACUGCACACACAGAAAGGCAGCAGGAGAGAGAAAGCUUAAAACAGAGUCAGAUUUGGGGGGKGUCAGCCCCCUGCAGACCGAUGGCUCUCUAAGGUUGGUGCCUUUCUGUGGAGAAGGGAAGAUGGGAGCUGUGGUGAUGGGAGCYGUGCGUGUGCUCCUGCCUGUGUGGGGGAGAUGACAGGAAGAUCGUCGCCCUCCGGCCACUCUGAGGUUUCUGGGAAUCUUCUGGCAUUGAGCUCAGCGUAGGAGCGUUGAGGAGAACUCCUGGUUCUGUCACUGGAAGUCAACCSAUCUCUGGCUCAUAACACAGAGUGAAGUAGUAUUUUUCUAUUUAAAUAUAAAAACAGCAAAAAAAAAAUUAUAUAUGGAAGUGUUUUUUUCUUAAAGAGAUGACGUUCCAAUGCCUCAUCCAGCUGGAGCAGGCAGAGCUCGUACGGAUGCCAUCAGAGGCCUCCAGGUGGGACUGAGGGCAAGCUUGGAGGGAGAAUUGGAUGAGAUUUGUUCCAGCAYGGAGUGGAGCUUGCAGGAGGGGGUUCCCAGAGCGGGGAGCCUGCAGAAACAUUGUCACUGUAACUCGAGUGGCCGUGACACGCUCAGAGCGGGAGGAAGGUGUCCUGAACCAAGAGUUGACUGGUCAACAGCGUUCCGGACUCUCCAGAGCCGUGGGUGUGUCACCUGUCCAGCAGGGCUAGCAUGUCACUAAAGCAGGGCUUUGGAUAAUGGAAAAAAAAAGAAAAAAGAAAAAAAAAAAAAGAAGUUUUAGAUUUUUUUUUCAUAAUGUUCUUAGUUUCUCCGACUGAAUGGUUUUACAGAGACCGUUGAUGCCACUGUUGUGUCCUGGCUCUCCCGGGCUGCCUGCCAUCCAGCCGGGAUGGGGGCUAGGAGAAGGGAAGGGAGAGGCCACCUGUCCCUCCCGGCCAGCCCUGGCACCCCCAGCUCCUGCUGCGGGGUUCAAACGUUCUGGGAUUUUACACUUGGGUAUCUCAGAUGGUGCCAGUUAUAUUCCGUUGCAUUUGGACUUCUUCCGAAUAGAUUUUCUUUUUUUUUUUUGUAAUAAAAAAAGAAAAAAAGAACAAAACCUUAAAUCYGA